AAGCCUGAGCGGGUCAACUCAGUGUGCCGAUUGCAUUGCAGACGGUUAUUUGAUUCGAAAGCUAGUAGAGUUAGCUUACUCGUUACUCGCGGGGCUCCUUUGUGCGAACACGGCGUACAUAUUUACAAGUAUUCGCCGAUGCCUUCGAGUAUGCCUGUGAGAUGAGCGGUUGUGGGACGUGAUAUCAACUCGGAUGAUGAUGAAGUUGGAGUUUAAAACCAACAAGCAAGGACUGGCCGGCUACUAGCGUAUGUAUGAACUGUCGUCUGCUUGUGCCUCAUUUCCCUGUUUACCUUCUGGUCCGGCGUCCCGAGAAGCGGCACCCAGAAGCUUCCCGUGGGGAUGGGACUUGUGUCAGGAGGGGGAAGCGACCCUAGUGAAGCCCCGGGGAGGAGUCGGCAACAACAACAACAUCAACAACGACCCCGUGCCCGAGUAAAACAGGCCAUUGAGGAGGAUGCAUGUUUGGGACUUGUGUCUGCUGGCGAUGUGUAUCCAGACGAGUCACUGUAUUUUCUCCCCUGGGGUGCCAGAGUUCUGCGACCAGGCCAGGAAUCACUGCUUCUCUCGAAUAGGCUGUCAGAUGGCACUGAACAACUUCAUGAUCGGGUGUAGCGACGUCAUCAAAGGGACUGUUGACACAUGUACCACUGACUGUAAGCACGCACUCAUCUCGCUCCUCUCCACGGAAGAUCGGUCCGGAAUCGCCUUCGUCAAUUGUAACUGCAGUGACGACGAGUUUUGUGAGACUCAGAAGCGUCGAGUUGAGAUCUGCGCUAAGGAUGUGAUGGAAUUUAUGAACAACAUGAAGGACAAUGCUGUCGUGAGUUGCGGACUGGCAAUGUGGAUCUGUGAGGCUGACACGUCGUGUUUGGCAGCGUUGCAGUAUUACAUCCGCCACUGUGCCAAGCUGGUCAAUGGAGAGAGCUGCAGCGCCCGGUGUAACAACAGUUUGGACAUUCUGUACCGCCAGACUAGCUCCAAGAUGUUGCAGACCUGUGAAUGUGAUGGCACUGAGGACUACAACUGCCAGACUCUGAAGGACAACACUGAGAGACUAUGUUUCAACAAGCAGCCCAGAGUUGCUUACACGGUAUCAGGCAAGAGUGAAGUGACUUCUUCUGGUAGUACCAGCUUCAGGUCCAACUCAGGUAUUCUAUUCCUUGUUGUGAAUACAUCCUUGCUCUUCUACCGGGACGUGUUUCUCUUAUUACGGGACGCUUUGCUUAAUCCCCAGUGAUAACACCCGCUUCUCAGCAGGGUAAUAACGGCAUCAUAUAAGUCGGUGCCUAUCUUAUCCAACAGAGAUAGAACAAGGUUAUAUGAAAUGAAGGAACGAGACCCGGCUGUUUAUUCGGGGAGGAUGUCUUGACAUGGAAUGCGGAAACACCAUGCUAUACUACGUUCCGUGUUGCGAGCUCGCCGGCAGCGAGAGAGAAUCUGUAUUGGAGAAUCUCCCACGGGAACUGGAAGGGAGAUCUACGGAUGCGUCAAUGUGUUCUUCCAUCUGGGUGUCUGCGUCUGUGACAAGCAGGUGUUUCAGCUCUAAUGGGGAGCAAGUGCGCGAGUUUUUCUAUCUGAAUAUGAUUCUUGGGGUUGCCGGCCAUACGUCAAUAAGAAGAUGUACCAUCUACGGUAUUUCCAGUACAUACUUGAUACACACGAACGUGUACAUCAAAACGUGAUCUCCUUUGAAGGUUUUGACCCGUGAACGCAACAUGAAUAUGAGUGGUGUGUAGACGGUGGACAGUGUCGGGCCCAAACCUAAUGCCACGGGUGUAUUCCAUUUACUGAGCAACAUGCUGUGUUUGUUUCCAUACUGAACGAGCGUGUGUGAAUGUUGACGAACAUAUGACUUGGAAACGUCAUGCAGCCAGCUUCCACGUGGACUUGAUUUCCUGAGAAAUGUAAUAUUUCACGAUUUCGUACUAUAAUCGGGAGACGAUAAAGGAACAGGUGUUUCCAGGAACACUGCUGGGCCAAUGGAUGUGUCCUGCUUACCCGUUCGUUGUUCCCGUGUUCUUAGAAACCUGAAACCAGUUAUCUGACAAGCAUCUCUUGACCGUUAUGUUCAACAAACCGUGCUGCCUUUUGAAGAACUUCAAACGACUAGGAGGAAGAGUCCCGGUCUCUUCUAACACAGAUCAUUUCUUCACUGAGGGGGACAGCAUUCCCCCGUCAGGUUCUGUGGCUGCCUAUGUACGUCAGAGGACAGAGGACAUAUGGGGACAUCUACAUUCCAUCUGGUACAGAAUAGACUCUCGUCCUCACAUGUCCUCUGUAGACGACGUCGUUGACAGCGUUUCCUACAACAUCUACGACGGUAUGCCGCAUCUCAACUUG